AUGGCAGCUUGCAAGGUGGUGCUCCUUUUGGCACUCUGUGGUGUCCUGGCUUGUGAGACUGUGACGGCCGCUUCUCAGCACAUUUGUGCCUACCCUCAAACUUGCACCGAGCCGGGAGAACCUGACCCGGGUCAUCUCGUGAAUGCGACCGCCAAGUACGACCCAACCACCAUGAAGUGCGAGGAGAUCACGCCGGAAAUAAACCAACCUCACGACUGUCAGAAGUUCGCGACCAUCGAAGAGUGCAAGGAGAACUGCGAAACUGCGAGUGGCUAA